AUGUCUCGGCAAGGCUCACUCAGGCUCAGCGUCACUGACGAUGUUAACCGCAUUGAGGCUCCAGUUACCUGGAAGGCAUACCUCAUGUGUGCUUUUGCCUCCUUCGGUGGUAUCUUCUUUGGCUAUGACAGUGGUUACAUCAACGGUGUGAACGGCUCCGACAUAUUCAUUCGCAAGGUCGAAGGGCCUGAUGCUACUGCACUGAGCUCAUCACAUCAAUCUCUUAUUGUCUCGAUCCUUUCUGCCGGAACAUUCUUUGGUGCUCUCAUUGCCGGUGAUCUGGCGGAUAUGAUCGGAAGAAAAUGGACCGUUAUUCUUGGUUGCUUGAUCUACAUGAUUGGUGUUGUUAUCCAGAUGAUCACAGGUGCCGGCGACGCUCUGGCAGCUAUUGUCACGGGUCGAGUGAUCGCCGGUAUUGGUGUCGGCUUCGAAAGUGCCAUUGUUAUUCUCUACAUGAGCGAGAUUUGCCCACGCAAAGUUCGCGGCGCCCUCGUCGCUGGUUAUCAAUUCUGCAUUACCAUUGGUCUCCUGCUUGCAUCCAUUGUGGUCUAUGCCACUGAGGGUCGCAACGACACUGGAUCUUACAGAAUCCCAAUUGCAAUCCAGUUCGCAUGGGCUAUCAUCUUGGCCGGUGGAUUGAUGACUCUGCCGGACUCGCCUCGAUACUUCGUGAAGAAGGGACGACUCGAAGAUGCUACGAUUUCAUUGUCGAAGCUCCGUGGUCAACCACGAGACUCAGAGUACAUUCAAGUCGAACUGGCAGAAAUUGUGGCCAACGAGGAAUACGAGCGCCACAUUAUCCCAGACAGUGGCUGGUUCUCGAGCUGGGCCAACUGUUUCAAAGGAAGUCUUUGGGAAGCCAAGUCUAAUUUGCGUCGAACAAUUCUGGGCACUUCUCUACAAAUGAUGCAACAAUGGACCGGUGUUAACUUUAUCUUUUACUAUUCCACUCCUUUCUUGCAGUCGACCGGGGCCAUCGACAACACUUUCCUUAUUUCGCUCAUCUUCACCCUUGUCAACGUUUGCUCAACUCCCUUGUCGUUCUGGACAGUCGAGCGGUUCGGCCGUCGUACGAUCCUCUUCUGGGGUGCCCUCGGCAUGUUGAUCUGCCAGUUCAUUGUCGCCAUUGUUGGUGUCACGGUCGGCUUCAACCACACUCACCCCGACCCUAGCGAUCCCGAUGUCAGCCUCGCCGACAACAUCUCCGCAGUCAAUGCCCAAAUCGCAUUCAUUGCAAUCUUCAUUUUCUUCUUCGCCUCUACCUGGGGUCCUGGCGCGUGGAUUGUCAUUGGCGAGAUCUUUCCACUACCAAUUCGCUCUCGUGGUGUCGCCUUGUCAACGGCAUCCAACUGGCUCUGGAAUACUAUUAUUGCCGUCAUCACCCCCUACAUGGUCGGCGAGGAACAUGGCAACCUCAAGUCUUCGGUCUUUUUCAUCUGGGGAGGUCUUUGCACAGCGGCAUUCGUGUACACCUAUUUCUUCGUCCCCGAGACCAAGGGUCUUAGCCUCGAGCAAGUCGACAAGAUGUUCGAAGAGACGACUCCUCGGACCUCUGCAAAGUGGAAGCCCAGCAAGACAUUCGCAGGUCGGGUUGCUAGAGACGGCGUCUUGGAGAAGGACGUCGUGGACCAGGUUGAGAGAAGAGGCUCUGCUUAUUAA